AUGCAGGGAAAGAGUAUCAGUCAGGUUUAUAUGUUGGGCGCAAAGAAGGCUAACAAUGCCUUAAUUGUUGGUAUGUGUCUCGUCAAUAAUCAUCCUUGUUUUGUGUUGUUUGAUUGUGGGGCGACACACUCUUUUGUAUCAAUUCAGUGCAUGAAGCGUCUUGGCUUGCAAGCAAUUCCCUUGUCUCCUCCUAUGGUGGUUACUACCGCCAUGGAUGAUGUGGUUGAGACACUGUUGAUUUGUGAAAAUUGUUCGCUCUCGGUGAAUGGUAGAAUUUUCCAGAUUGAUCUUAUUUGUUUACCACUUAAGAAGGUUGAUGUGGUUUUGGGGAUGCAUUGGCUUUUCGCCAAUUUAGUGUUUAUUGGAUGUGAAGAGAAGUUGAUUAUCAUUCCAUCUAGUGAAGCUACUCCAAAGGAUGUAUUGAUUACUAUCUUGGAAGGUACGGUUGGUAUGGUUAAUUAUUGGUUGAGAAGGAAAAGUCAGUUCUCUUAG